AGUGGGGAAAGUGAACAAGUUGCCCGACUGAGGCCCCUCUGGCUCUCCGGAACCGGCCCCCUGGGCGAGCCCUUGAAUGACUCAAGAUGGACCAGUUCUACAGAUCCACCAUGGCCAUCUACCAGAGCAUCAUGGAGCAGUUCAACCCAGCCCUGGAGAACCUGGUCUACCUGGGCAACAACUACCUCCGUGCCUUCCAUGCACUGGCAGAAGCGGCAGAGGUCUAUUUCGAAGCAAUCCAGAAGAUCGGGGAGCAGGCCCUGCAGAGUUCCACGUCGCAGAUGCUGGGUGAAAUCUUAGUACAAAUGUCUGACACCCAGCGACACCUAAACUCUGACCUGGAAAUUGUCGUGCAAACCUUUCAUGGAGACGUGCUGCAGCACAUGGAGAAGAACACCAAGCUGGACAUGCAGUUUAUCCAAGAGAGCCGCCAGCACUACGAGCUGGAGUACCGGCACCGGGCUGCCCACCUGGAGAAGUGCAUGUCGGAGCUGUGGAGGAUGGAGAGGACGAGGGACAAGAACGCCCGCGAGAUGAAAGAGAGCGUGAACCGGCUGCACGCGCAGAUGCGGGCCUUCGUGACGGACAGCCAGCGGGCGGCCGAGCUGGAGCAGAAGCGUCGCUACCGCUUCCUGGCCGAGAAACACCUGCUGUUGUCCGGCACCUUCCUGCAGUUCUAUGGCCGGGCCCGCGGGCUCCUCCAGAACCGGGUGAUUCUGUGGAAGGAACAGUCGGAAGCCAGCCGCAACCCAUCGGGCCCCCACUCCCAGGGCCUGCGGGGUCCCUCCCCGGGGCCGGGGUACCCGUCCGGCCGCCUGCCUCCCACCCACCUGGAGAUGCCCCAGAGGCCUCUGGGAGAUUUCAGCUCCCCCCGGAGCCGGCACACCUCAGGCUCCUACACCUCUGAGCCUGUGGAGGCCAGGCCCUCGGCCCAGCUGGAGCCAGACCGCAGAUCUCUGCCGAGGACCCCGUCUGCUUCCUCCCUCUUCGCUGGCAACCAGCAGUCCCGCUCCAACUCGCUGGCGGAGAAUCCGGGGUCCCCGGGGGGCCCGCGCCGGGUCCGGGCCCUGGUGUCCCAUUCGAACAGCACCAACCACACCCUGCUGCGCUUCGCGGCCGGGGACGUCAUCGCCGUGCUGGUCCCCGAGGCCCAGAACGGCUGGCUCUACGGCAAGCUGGACGGGACCGGCACGACCGGCUGGUUCCCUGAGGCCUAUGUGAAGCCCCUGGAAGAUGCGAACCUUGAUGAGCUGUCAGUCAGGUGUUUCCCGCUUCGCGGCAGCCGCAGCCUCGAUAACCUCCUGGAUCGUCCCGACAGUUCAGCAGCCUCUCCAGACUCCUCCUGGGGGACCCCGGCCAAGCCCCGGGCCCUCAGCCCCCCACCAGCCCUGCCCAUCCCCAACAGCUCCUGCAGCAGCGUGGGCAGCCUGGGGGGCACCGGUGAUGCCAAGAAGCUGAUGGCUUGGGAGCAGCCACCCCCGGAGCUGUUCCCUCGCGGCACCAACCCCUUCGCCACGGUGAAGCUCCGGCCCACCGUCACCAAUGACCGCUCGGCUCCCGUCAUCCGCUGAGGGGUCGGGCCCCGGGGGAGCAGCCCGGCUGUCCUAGGGUAGUGCCAGCCUGCCGAUUGGGAUGCCCCUCUGCCCUCACAGCUCUGGGUCGCGGAAUGGAGCAUCCCAGUCCUUCCUCUUACCCGGUGGGGAAAGGGGAAGCUCCUCCUUGCUCCCCUGGUCCUCUUGCGGCAGGAACACAGAGGAUGGCCUGCCCAUCUGAGGAUAUUUGAGGCCGGGUUGAGAGAGGCGUGCGCUACUUGGGUGGCUGCUCCCGGGCCCUACUAGCAACACCGUGGGAAGGAGGGGAAUGCCCCCUUUCCCCCUCCUCACCCUGAACUUCAGGUCCGUGACAUAAAAUGUGGCCCUAUUUCCCAACCUGUCCCAUAAAAGUCCCCCCUUUCCCUAGGGUGGGAGUAGUAGACACCUUUCCUAAGGAUUUGAUUUUUUAUAAAUGACUAAGAAUUAAAGAUACAGAAACACA